AUGAGCAGCCACGCGUUCCCGGCUCUUUAUCUCAACUUGGGCGUCGAAAUGAUGUAUGUAUUGGACCAACGGCUGAGGGUGCAGAAAGAGCGCGUGGAAGACCGGGAAAAAAGCGACAAAGUAGUGAAAGAGAUCAUGUUAGGAUUCCUCGCCAAAAAGACGCUUGACGAGGUGUUCAAGGGGCACGGGACCCCCACAAGAGUAGGACUGAAGAUGUUUUUCGAAAAAGUUGCUCAUUGCUCAAUUAUGAGAUUGAAUGAGAAUAGUAUGGACAAACUUUUCGAUCUGAUGAUGAUGUCCUAUAAGUUUGCACUUAUGAAGAUGACUAUGCCAGAGCAGAUAAUGACCAUCACUGUGAAUCAUCUUCGUGCACUUUUAGACUUGGUCCCAUUAGAUAAGGACAUUGGAGCAGCAGUGGAGCAUGCCUAUACUAUGGCUUUCACAUUCUACAGGCCGCUGGGACCAAUGGGAUGGUUUAUGUUGCGGAACUCGUUGCUGGUAUUCUUUCAGGACACCCGAGUAAAAGUAUCAAUGUUCAUAAAAGACUGCCGACAGUUGCCGAAUGGGAGAUUCGUGCUCUUCGAUAAAGCCUCACCGGUGCAGCUGAUGUUGGGAGGGGAGCCCGUCGGGUUGACUAAGGUGGGCAAGAAAUCUGAAGCUUAA